UAUAAUUUACGACAUUGGGGACAGAUUGACAUACUCAAAAACAUUGUUGUCGUUGAUGUGCCCUUUAAAUAUUUCUCCAAAUCCAGGUAACACAAAAAGUUACCUACAGGUGUAAACAUGUUCAACAGAUGCAUAUAUGAUCGUAAACAACGGAAGCAUAAUAUGAUUCAUUGUUGACAAUUAACUACCAUGGAUCUGGACAUUGUGGCUAAGCAAUCAUUUGGUCAGGGGGGAACUGAGAAAGAUGAUUUGGAAUGUGAUUUGUGUAAAAUCUCAUAUUCUGAUGAGCAGGAAUUCCGGGAUCAUGCCUGGUCACUCAUACACCAUAUCAAGAUUGAGAAGAAGAAAAAAGGCUCCGCCCAUAACUGUACGCUGUGCUUUGCAUCCUGUCUCAAUAUUAUCGAGUAUGGGAAACAUUUGAUCGGAGACAAGCACAAGAGAGCAAUAGAAGGACAAAGACGUCAGAAGGACAAAGAAACUAUGACUUUUCAGAAAGAGGCUCUACUCAACAAACGUGUCCAAGAUGACAGUAUGUUACCUGGACAACUAGAACAUGAGGGACCCUUCUCUGACCCAGAAAUACCUCAUCAUUACAAAACAUCACAUCAUGAAAAAUCCCACCAGCGUUCCUUCUCCCAGCCCUAUAUCAAAGGCAAGGGCAAGGGCAAAAAGAAGGCUCCUAAAGGAAAAGGAAAUAGGUUAGAUGAUAAUGCUCAUCAUUAUCCAUCAAAUGACAUACCUAGAUUUCACCCCAGGGACAGAAAUACAGUUUUCCAUGACGAUAAUCAAAAGGAUCGAUUUUGGGAAAAUGAAUAUGAUGUAAACUGGGAAAGUAGAGGAUUUAUUCCGCAGUCUGAUCGAGAUUUCCACGGUCAGUCCAAUUGGGAAACUUCAUGGUGGGAUAGAAACAACAGGAACCCACAUCAAGACGAGUUUUCCUACUACCCCAGGUACCGAACACAUCACUCGCAGGAACAGCUCCCGGUGAGCCAACGCGGGAGAAAUAAACAACUUAAAGGGGGUAAGCAAUACCGCUGGAACAGACGUGACAAUUCAAAUGAGAGAUACGAUCGCAGUAACCAGGAAGACGAUUCCUACUGGAAUCGAGGCUCUAACUCCGACGGGUAUUUCAGGAACAGAGCUGGGAACAGAUGGGAUAAUACAGCAGAGGAACAUCCAGCAGACAAUCAUUUUGAACAUCCAAUAACAGGUGGUGUUCCAGAUCAUCUGACUGAAGCACAGCUUGAUAUUUCAACAGAGAGUGACAUGACAGGUCUCAAACGCAGACGCACCAGUGAUCAACGGGACCAAUCAAAGUCAAGGAAAAAAACGGUUAAUUUUGACAUUCAUUCUCAGCAGCAGAAAGAUUCAGUUCAAAUGGAUUCGGAUAGUUUUCCAACCAGAGACAACGAAAAGUCUGGUGACUUACAUCAAGACAAGCGGUACAAAACUAGUGUCAGUGAUGGCAAACGUGUUUUAGAGCCUGAUAGUACAACAGAAGAAACUAACCUUGAUAAAAAAACAAGCAAAGGUAAGAAAAAAGACAAGUCAAAGAAAAAGAAAAGCGAUAGUGUUAAGUCAGUGGGCGAAGUUACUGACCUGUUUCAUCAGGCAGAUAACAGCGUCCUUGAGAAGGCAGAACAGCUUUGUAAGGACCUCAGGGAAAAACGAGAAAUGGUCAAGAAGGAAAGAGAAAAGAAAGAACGAAAAAAGAAAAUGGAAAAGGCAGAAGAAAUCAAUUCUCAAAUCAAGAAUUUAUCCAAGAUAAAUCAAAGUUACCUGAGGGGUCAUAUUGCAGGCUGUGCAGAUCAGAUAUCUACAGAUACUGCAGAUAGUGACCAAUCCUCUAAACCGACGUCGUCAAAGAGCAACGUCAGGACGAGGACUCCGAAAGAACAUGACAUUGAUGAUAUUCGGAAAGGCAUCGAGUCUGCAGUUGAUUCAAAGAAACAAAAAUCUGCAGAAAAAGAUUCAGAUUCAGAAAUGAAGUCUUCCAGUCCCAAUCUUAAAAAGAAAAAGAAGAAGUCUACCAAAUCUAAAUCUGAAAGUGCUGUUGGUAAAACAGAUUUAAGAAAGCGAGACACAGAUGAAAUUGUAGCUGAUCAAUCUGACUCCCCAACAACAAAGACACCCGUGUCUGAGCAGGAAGGUAAAACUCGUCUGAACAUAGGAACAUCCUCACCAUCACAUCAGGAAAGUCUAAGUCGCCAGAGCAGUAGAGCAGGAACAUUCUCACCAUCACAUCAGGAAAGUCUAAGUCGCCAGAGCAGUAGAGCAAGUUCAGACUUGUCAUCCGAUUUGGAUCCUGAAUCCAGCACCAAAGAUUCCUUAUUAAAGAUGGUGAAUUCCCCACGUUCUCGCAAGGAAAGAGAACGACUGGCCAAAAUGCUCCGUUCGUAUGCAUUCUCUCAAAAUAAAUUAUCUUUUCCAAGGUUUAAUCUACAACUUUCUGACCUCACUACUGAUUUGGACGGUGUUGCAACAGAGUUGCGACUUGAGGAUUUAUCCGCAGAUGUACAACUUCAAAUUGCGGAGUUGAUAGAAGCAGACAUUAAGCCUGAUCUUAGUAGUCUGGAUUCUCUCUUGCUUGAAUCACAAAAGUCUGCCAGUGGAGACAGAGAGCCGUCAAUUUCACCGGAUGUUAACAAGGCCCUCAUGGAAUUACAAUCAAGUGCCGAAAAUGUGCCAACCCGAGACACAGGAACUACACCACACAUACACAACCCUGAGAGUUUACCAAGCGCAAAAUCAGGAAAUUACAGUUAUUUACAUGAAGGAACAAAUUAUCACAAAAACUUAAACAAAAAGUCAACAACCGAUGAAGGACCGAAAUUCAACUUAUCUUUGCACAUUAAAACGGAGGAAUUAAAUGAGCCCGAACAGGACACUUCACCAUCUCAGUCGGUGACAGUGCGGUCGGGAAUUACACCUCUAUCUAAUUUGGGCACAUCUAAUUUAGUUCUGUCUGCAAACAAAUCUAAACCAAAACCUAAAAGAGAUACUGAUGCAUCUAUGCAUUGCAUUGGUGAUUCUGAACCAUGUUUGCUCGAGAACAAAAGUGAAGACUUACCUGUGUCUAGUCCCUAUUCUAUGCCUCAGAGUAAGUCACCAACUCCAUUGGAAUCCAGAUCUGUCCAAGAUAGUUCUGAACCAACUUGUUCAAGAGACACACAAGAUUUACUUCGGUUCAGGGACAAUUCUAAACAUGUGAACUCCAAAUCUCAAGCUGACUCUGAACCUUCUACAAAAGGAUCAAAUCCCACGUGGUCCAAAGAUCAAAUUGAACCCUUAUCUUCUAGAAACAAACUUGAACCUGUACAAUCUAGGAAUAUUCCUGCACAAGGGUGGUCCCAUGACAAACGAGAACCAGUUCGGGACAGACAGUUGUCAGAAACUGGUAGAGCAAAUCCUUCCAACAAACCAGUCACUGUAAAACAAGAGUUUCCUUCAUCGCAGGAACAUACCUCCUCUCAGCAUGCAGUGGAGACUUCCCUCAAGUCCAAAAACUCCUACACACCGUACUGUACAUUGCCUUCACUGGAUACAGGAAGAGAGACAGCUGCAAGUUUAGAGGGCAAUGUUAGUUCCUGGAUAGCCAGAAAUACAGAGACAGGACCUCCUCUAUGUGAAGACAGUCUAGCAAUAGGAAAUAUUGACAGCUACAAGCCUGUCCUUAGAUUGGUAGAUCCUACUGUUCCUACCGGAGAUGCUGCAUCUGUUGCCUCUAGAUCAAGCUCUACAUCGGAGAGUGUAUUCGAUCUUGUGUAUGAUCUUAGCGUGGAGGAGGACGGUCUGAGGGAGGAGAUGUCCUCCACGGAGUCUGAGAUCAUGCGUCUGACUUCUCUGAUACAGACAGCUACAGAGCAGCUCACCACACAACGGGAACACCACCAAAAGCUGUCCCAGAAGGAGCAGUCACUACGAAGUCGCCGUUUACACGUACUGAGAGAAGCCAAAAGUCUCCAAAGCCUAUCCAGUGAGAUUUCGGCUAAGUCUGUAGACAGACUGUUUGCAUCUACGCAUGAUGGUGGUCCCUCAGGUGUGCCAGAAAAGCCUUUGAGUCAGGAUUUGAUGGCAGAAUCUAGUGACCUUGACUCUAGCCGGGACUCCAACUUUACCAAGGUUUCGCUGCUGUCGUCAUUCUCGCAUGACCACCAGAGAGUAACUUUUAAAGAUGGCAAUGCUUCAGACAGCCUUCUUGUUUUGAGUGAUUCGUCAGACUCACAUCGUAACCGGAGUGAUAUGCGUGGUGUCUCGUCACCACAGGCACUGAAGACUAAAAGAAUAGACCAGAGAGUCUUCCAGACUCGUCCACAACCCCUCGAACCCAGCCGCGACAGUGAGGGGUUCCUAGAACCAAACAAACACACAUUAAAGACAUUCGAGACCAGUAAAGAAGCUGCGAGGUUGCUUGACCUCAAAAGAGACCCUUCAAGUUCAGCUGAUUCUAACAGAGAUACUGUAAGGCCAAUUAGCCCUAGCAGAGACAGUGUAAGGUCAGCUGACCCAAGCAGAGAUAGUGUAAAGUCAGUUGACCCCAGCAAAAGGUCAGCUGACCCUAGCAGAGGCAUUACCGGCAUAAGGUCAGUUGAGCUUAGUAAAGAAACUGAAAGUUCAGGUGUGGUUAGUAAAGAAACUGAAAGUCCAGUUGUGGUUAGUAAAGAUACUGUUAGGGCAUUUAAUUCUAAGAGAGAAAGUAGUCCUAACAGAAGGGCUGCAUGGUCAGUUAGGCCAAUCAAAGACAGCAUGAAGUCACUCGAGUCCACCAGAGACAGUACUGGGUCAUUGGAAGUGACCAAGGACACAAUUGGAGACACUAAAGGUCAAGCUGAGGUAGAUCAGUCUAUAUCAUUGGUAGGAAGUGCAGAGCUAAAUGAAGCAGGAUUUGUUACUCUAAAAUCAUUGUUGCGUGCCAAACCACAAGAAGGGACACCGUCAUGGCAAGGGAAGGAGCAGGAAAUGCUGAUUGCUGAAGACAACAAGAAAUCUGUAUCGCCACUGACCACUGAUGACCAGUCAUCUAGCCCUGCAGUGUCAAGCACCACACCUGAAUUAACACAACCCCAGGUCACGGAAACAACAAAGCCAAAGGUCAAUGUCCAGUACAUGGGUCAUUUACCUGGCAAUUUGUUUACAGGACAGAAAGAAAACAUGUUUGAAAAACUUCAGUCUUUCCUAAAAACCAAAUCAGAACAUGGCUACAAAAGUGAAUCAAGUUUAAAGAGUGAUGAAAUUGUGUUAGAUACCGACUCCAAUCAGGAGAGUGUUGCUAGUAAUGCGUCUCUUGGUGCAAAAAUACAGCAAUACUGCAAAGGAAACAGGCGAGGCUCAACCCAGGGAGACUCUGGCAGCGAUCACACGCUUAAAGGCUCCAAUAGUGAAGCUAACACACCCGUCAGACAGCAGAGCAAACCUCCUGUAUCUCCAUCUGUCUCGGACGACCGGAACUUGUCACCGUCGCGGAAACGCAGGAAAACCAAGAAAGAGCGAGAUCAAUCGUCAAAACGAAAACAGAAGGAAGAGUAUGUGAUCAACAGUAGUUCAGAGUGUAGCGGGCAGGAUGAUGACAACAUUCCUCUGACAGAACUCAGACAGAGAAUCCUUUUCCAGCAGGCCGGACCAAAUAACGCCGCGGAUGUCUGUAUGGUGGAGACUGGUUCCGAUGAUUGCUCAGCGCGGGGAACUGAACCGAGGCGCAGUCUACUGGAGGAGGUCCAGCUGGACAGUCCCAACGAAUCCGAGGAAAACCCCAACCCAGUCAGGAGUCAAAGAUUCAAACUAGGGCCUGAGACGUUGGCAUCUGUACGUGCAGCUGUAAAGAGUACGAUACAUCGCUCAGACAAGGGUCGUACAGAUGACUCCAUCAAACAGCUGGUGGGACCGGCAGACUCAGUCACUCAAAUACAAGUGACCGGACAGAGUGUGUUUGUGGCCUACCAGAAAUCCAAUCCUUGCCGUUUCAAUUUGGAGAGUGGAACUCUCUUGGGUCAGUAUGACUGCAGUCCGUGCUGUGUGCGAAGUCUUGCCGUAGUUACCAUUGAGGAUAAACUUUGCCUGUAUGCAUGUGGACCUUCUGAGAGAUUGUUUUUGUUUGAUUGUGAGACAUUUGCAAUAAUUAAGGAUAUGGAGUUGAUAUAUCAAGUACAGUGUAUGCACGAAUCCUGGGGUCGGCUGUAUCUCGGCACAGACUACGGCGCUGUCAUCGGAAAGGAUGCAAAAACGGGGAAGACAUUUGAAAGUUUCCAGUGCUGUGACCGGUCUGUGACCUGUAUCUCGUCUGGGAUCGAGGGUGUCCGAAAGAUCCUCUUAGUGGCUGCCUACACCUCCCCCAUCUAUGUGUGUGACGCCAUAUCUGGUCUACUGCUUCGUAUGCUGGAAGGCCACAGCAAGACUGUCUUCUGUAUGCAGGUGACUGGUCACAUGGUGUACAGUGGUUCAGGGGACAGAAAGGUCAUGGAACACAAUCUGGUGACCAGUGAAGUUUCAUGGACUUAUGACGACAGUGAGGGUUUGAUUCGAGGUGUCGCCACAGAUAAACAGGGUCGUUUGUUUUUUGGGGGACAUGACCAGUACCUCAGGUGUUACAACAGAAAGAAUCACAAGCUCCACUGUCUGUUCUAUGUGGGGAAAUCUCCAGUGGCGUCUAAUAUUGUCAUACAAAAGGACAAGAUUCUGUAUGGUAACAAAGAUGGUGUCGUGGAAGUGGUGACCUUGGAGAGUACUCCACACAGAUGUCGGUGUGGAGAUUGUUCUUACUUGUUCGGACUGAAGGGGCACCUCUACCAUCAUAUGCUAUCAGACCACCUUGCACGUAACUCGCGUCUCUUCAACUGUCCAUGGAAGGGUUGUACUAACCGGCUCUCAACGCUUCAUGAUAGUAAGGAAGCUGAAGAACAUUUAAAGGAACAUAUCCAGUGACAGUAACAGAUUUACAAAACCGACGUACAGAUCACUGAAUGGCCUGUCAAACAUCAUUGUGUCGGAUCAAUUGAUCGUCACAACACUAAAAUAGGUUGUUACCUUUUAUACUGGGUUAACUCUGUUCUGGCAUGGAUUAUAGGACUAAGGUGAGCAUGGAUUAUAGGACUAAGGUGAGCUUAUGACAUACUGUGUCAUCCAUCCUCAAAUGACUCCUGAACCGCUGGACGGAUGGCCACCAUAUUGGACUUUCAUCCACCUUUGGUGAUAGGGAUUCAGAAUUCGACCAAUGGAAGGAUGGACUACAUUGGAUAGCUGAAAGUCCCGGCCAAAAACGAUCUUUUGGCCAUAUUGCCUAAAGUAACUUCUGACCUGGAAAAAUGUGAUAGAUAUCAACCAUAUUUGAUGGGUAGCAUUCUCAGUUGAUGAUAAUUCAAAAAGGAUAAAUCCAGGCGUCUUCCAGUGCCUUCAUUCAAGCUUAUGUCUGAAUUGUCUGAUGUAAGAUAAGACAUUUGUUUUCUUAUUACCUGGUAAAUGGUGGAUAUAAGUUGUAUCCAUAUUGCUGCAGAAAUAUCUAAAUGUGGCCCGGGACUCUGGUCUCUGAUGUAUCUUUGACUUUAUUCUAGAUUUCUCAGGAAAUCUUUUAAAAAGAGACUUCAUAGGUCAUAUCUCAUAUUGCCUAUCUAAUCACACGAGAACAUAUUGCCUAUCUAAUCACACGAGAACAUCAGGGACCAAAAACAGGGCCAUACUAGAGUAAUACAAUUCAGAGAUCAUAUUGGGUUUAAAAGAGUUGGAUCUCAGUGGCAUUAAAAUAUUAUUGUUUAAUAAGAGAAUGACAGCUUUUUUUAUUGCUGCAACAUCAAUUAAAUUCAGGUUCAUUGCAUUAAUUUUAAUGAAUUUAUUAUUUUGCUGUUAUUUCUUAUAUAGGAUGGACAAAUAAUGCUCUUUUAGACCUACUGUACAUUCAAAAUUUGUUCUAAACCAUGUUGGCAUUUUAGACCCAUUUACCUCUGUUUAAGGCUUUUAGGAGACCUAUUCAGGCCAGUGAGCUUCUUGUUGUAUUAAGAUGUGAAAUAAUAGUUUGUGAAGUAUAGGUUGGAAUUGUUUGUAUGCUGAUUUAUUUACCUGCAACCCCUUCCAUAAAAAUUAUGUUUCAGUUUCUUGUUGUAAAACAUAAAACAGAAUUUUCUUCAAAUAUCUCGGAAACGUUUAUAAAUUGUUAUCCAAGAAAUCUAGAUGUCGUUAUUUUUCAGUUUGUAAACCAUGAUUUAUUGUAUAUACACAAUGUACUUUAUUGUGUGUGUGUGUGUGUGUGUGUGUGUAUAUAUAUAAUAUAUAUGCUUAAUUUCCUUUUAUACUGAUAAAUGUUGGGUUAAAUAUUACAUUUUACAGAGUCUGGUGUGGAUAAACCAGUGUUAUACCUUUUGUUAGAAAUUUUGUAUAUUUUAUUAUUUGUUUGCAUUUACCCAUGUAAUUGUUACAGUAUAUGUAAUAAAUAAUUUUGAAAUUUACUUUAGAAAAUUCUAAUUGUUUCUAUGCUGGUACAAAAAUAGUUAUUGUUUUACUGUGAAUUAUAUGGCAUUGUUGAACAAAGUUCAUUUAAUUGUGUAAAACAUUC